AAAACCCGAACCCGACCGUUACUAUAACGAACCAUAUCGCCUUGUGAUAAUACAAUGUUCUAAGAAAACAAGGCUGCCAGCAUAGCUGCAGUUCAGACGGGCCUUUUCCCUGAUUGCUCGACUGCGACUACUAUAGCUGCCAGGUUCCGGCAGAGGCGGCACCCAGUUCUCUAAAGGAAGACACUCUAACCAUCCCCCUGUUACCUCUACCUACCUGGUCCAAGUUCCAAUCUCGAGGUCCCCCGUCUCGUCUGGCUGCUGGCUCUGUGCUGCUUCCAAGGUUGCUGCUUGCUGCAUUUUACAUCCGUCAGUUCACAGCGCCACCGCAGAUUACCUAUCCUCAUCAAUAUCACCAUCAAGUAUACGGUACCCACGCCGCCGGCCCGUAUGGAUAUCGCGAGAACGGUACAAGGCAGCAGGGCCACCAAGUCGCCCACUAGUCCAACAGAUACCCAUACCCACAGGCUGUCCACCCUCUUUACCUCCGGCCGCUGCAACUCUCUUCCCAGUCGCAUCGAUUUUCUCAACUCUCCCACCAGUCCCACCAGUCCCAUCUCCCCCACGAGCGUUCCCCCGACCCUCCCCGACCUCAAUGUUCCUCUUACACUAGACCUUGCUGCAGAGCUUGGACGGUCUUUUAGCAUUGGCUCCAAGAUUGAGCCCUUGCGUGGUGUGGCCCCGAAGGAAACAGUCGUUACAAUCAAGGACACAGAGCCAGAGACACCGUCCGCUAUUGCGCCCGUUGCGAGCACAACCGAGCCGACCACAGCGAAGACGACCACGACCACGACCACGACCACGACCACGACCACAACCUCGACGACCCCAAUCAUCCCCCCCAAGUCGCCAGCGCGAGAACCUCUUCCUCGGAGGAAAUCAAUGAUUCAUCGUCCGCGCUCAUGGAUGCCUGGUUCGGCCACGACUGUGAUCUAUGACGCCAAGGAGACCGCCGAGGACCGUCGCACCAGAAAAUUGUCGAAACCGAAUCAUGCUGGCGGGGCGCAGGAGGCUGCGCAGGAGUCAACAAAGGAAUUGCAGAGACCCAAGACGGCCAAUGUAGAAUCCUCUGCCGAUUAUGCGAAGCGCUCGUGGAUUUCGACUUCGAGGUCUCCGGAACCACCCACAAAAAAGCUCGAAAAACAAUCGCCGGCGGAGGGACACAGUGAAGGCCGGGGACGCAGGACGUCCAGAGGAUUGCUCGGGCUUCCACUUGGCAGUAAGAGGGAUAAGUCUGCCGGGGGUGUUAGUGGGAGCGCCACAGGGGCAGGUGGUGACGCAGAUGCCAACCGGCCACAAGAAAGUAGCCGGAGCCGAGCUCUACAGCGGGCAAGCACCAUUGUGGCUCGGAUGAAACCGCGACCCCAAAGUGUCUUUUUCAAAAGCUCGUCAUCCACCUCGGCAUCAGCUUCAUCUGUCAACAGCUCCAAAUCAAGUGACAUUGACAGCAACGCGUCCUCCGGCAUUGACACCACUGCCUCUACCACCACAAAAUUGUUGCAAGCAAAGGAUGUCAAACACAAUGUUUUCAGCAGCAACAGCGACGCCCCAUCAACAACCAGGAAUUCGUCUUUGGACACUAUUAUUACAGCAGCUACCUCCGAAAACGCAUCCCAGUCAACCGCAGACACGAGCAUCACCAUGCCACACCCUUCGUCGGGCGACCCGCUAUGGUCGACCUUCCGAACGCUCGACAGCGAGUUUUCAAAAUUCGUGGCCAAGAAUUCGACCCCCAUGCGAAUGAAUGUAAUACGAACGACGCUUGUACCUUUCCUCCGCAGCACGUCACACCACCCAUCCAACUCGAACACAAAGCAGCUCUCCCCUGAAGACUUUGACCGCCGAGCAACAAUAUUGAACAAAUGGUGGAACGGCCUUUUGGACAUGUUGGAUGCUGGGCAGUCCAGGCUGGAAAGAAAUGCUUUCGCCGUGUCCAUGGGCACCGGCUCCGCGAUGCCCCCUCCUCCCUCGUUGGGCACUAACCUACAACCCGUGGCAGGUGUUGACAGGCCGAUGUUACUCGAAACCAUCACCAUUAUCAUGAUGCGCCCAGAGUGGAGGUCAUGCACCAGCUCUUUCCAGCCGCUAUCACAACGUUCGCCAGAGGAGCGUGUUCGCGCCCGAUCGUCGACACAGUCCACCGCAGACGAAACCGAGUUGGCCGCCAUUGACUUUGUCGCCCAAUCCGCUGAGCAUAAUGUCCGGACCAUGUUCGUCAACAGCCUUACCAGGCAGAUGGCUCUCGUGGUAGACAAGAUGUCACUACGACAUGCGCCUCUUAGCUUGGUCAACUGGAGCGGCAAGGCAUGCGCCUAUGCCUUUUUCUUCGUUCCUGGGAUAGCGGACGUUCUCGUGCGUCUUUGGCAAUUGAAUAGCGAUCUUCUGCGCCGGACCUCUGACGAGCUUGGGCUUCCAAGGAGGAGUAAAGGCGAGAGUGAGGAUAUUGUGGCGCUCUUCCCACCACAUCUUGGGAAGUUGGGUUGGACUUCGAUCAAGACAUUGGGCAACAAGUUGCGCCUGGCAGCGAAGCUACCCCUAAACCAAGCCAAGAUUGCCUGGCACGGUCCCUGGGUCUCCAGAUGGCGAGGAGGCGAUACCGACUUGUUCUACGUUUUCUGCAAGUACUAUCACAUCCUUUCUGCCGACUUCAUGCCGGAAGGCCUUCCUCUAGUUGAGAAGGCACGUGCCCCAGCGUUUGUCCUGGUGCAUGCUCAGCUUCUCUCGACUUUGGAUGGCGCGAUUCACCGUCAGGCCUCUAUGGACGCAUUGCUAGGACCACCGAUCGCUGAUAGUCUCCACGGCACCGACGCCACCAUGACCGGCGCUACUGGACUCUCGCUACCUAGCAAUGUCUUGAAGGGGAUGGACGAGAACAGACUUGUUGCCUUGCUGAAGGACAUGUUAUCAGAGAAGUCUGUGGUCGGAUCCGAGAUCAGGCAUAAUUUUGCCGAGUCAUUCAUGGCCGUUAUGGUCGCCGCGACCAAGAGGACUUCAAGAUAUGAGCAUGCCGCUUGCUUCAUGCUCUGCGACUUCCUCCAGGAGGCGCUUACGGCGCUUAGCACAUACCAGGACAACCAGAACAACAGCGUCGCCACCUCGCCUAUCCAGGAGUCGAUGCCCAUCUCCGCCUUCGAUACCCCUAGUUCGCUCGUUAACUACAUUGACUGGCCCUUCUGGUUCGAGGUCGGCAAGAUGAUCAUGGAUUCCAACAAUACUAUGUCCGAGAUUCGCAUCAUCUCAUUCAUCUACUCAGUGUGGGAUGCUAUCGUUGCUGAUCCGGCACGUAAGGAAAGGCUAUGCUGUGAGUGGUUGUUGACGGAGGAGACGUUUGAGAGGUUCUUCAAUCAUUGGUGUCCCAUGGUUCGCGCCUACUACAUGCGUCUGCUGUGUUGGCGUAUCUGUAGGGACACUGGAAGUGUUAAUGAGUUGGAUAACAAAAUCUUCCUGCUUGUUGCACAGCGAUUGAGAACUGUCUGGUCGCAUUACCUCUGGAUGUGGCAGACUGCUGAAGCUGAGGGUCGUAUGCCCCCUUCAACAGCGCCGUGUCUUCCAACGCCCGGCAAGCGAUUCUUGAUCAUCCGAAGCGAAGUUCAGCCGGCGCAAACGCCCUUGUACCUUGGUUUCGACUCCUUCACCAGCUCCUUCCCAGGAAUGGAUGGCGUCUCCGACUACCAGUUCACCAAUAAUGAUAACAGGUCGAGCAUGAGGGUCGAAGAGACUUCCAAGAAGAGAUGGUCUCUCCUGGGCAAGGUUCUCUCCUUUACCGCUUCGCAGGCCCACCUACCUAAUGGCGCCACAAACGGUAAGCGGACAUGGGAUGAAGAACUCGAGCAAGCUAGGCGCGAAACGGCUGCGGCCGCUGCAGCUCGGGCUGGCCCUCCUCCGCCUCCGAAGCAGAACUCCUCAAUGAACGCCAAGCCGUCAUCCGACUCGGCUUCAUCAACCGGAUCCGCCCCUGUCUAUGAUGCGGCCACCUUUGUGUUCCGGUUCGCUCUCACAUGGCAGGGCACCGUCGGUCCCCAGCGCGACAUGAUCCUGUACCGACCUCGCCUUCCAGCUCCCGCUCAGUCCAGGGUUCUCACCCGCGCCAUCGUCUCCUCCGAUGGAUCUCCCAACCGCGAGAUCUACAGCAGCCCCGGCUCGCACCUCAUCAAGCCCGGUCUCCCACCCGUCACCCGUACCUACAGCGGACAAUCAGAAACAGGCCUAAUCAACCACGUCCGCAACGCUCGUCCUCUCUCCAUCGAAGCCUCCCCACCUCCCCCAGAAAGAAACCCAAACCGCCGCCGCUCAACAAGCAUCAACCUCGCAAUCCACAACGGUGUUGGCGAGUCUGAUGAUGAAGGCCCGCUAGUCAAGACUCGCUCUGCUGCAAGCAUGCAAGACGGCAGUCCUUUUGCACGCGCACGUUCUCCUCCUCCUACUGGGUUCGACAGCGAAGUCAACCGUUUGAACCUCGCCGUCCGCGCUCAGAAGCCCGUAGGGAUCUAUGCCUCGGGCGCGGUGUAUUCUGGCAGAGCGCUGGCGGAGUGGAGUCUGGUGGUGAGCGAGUGCAAUAGCUUUGUGGAUCGGAGGAGGGAUGAGGGUGUUUUGGGGCUGAGGGAUGUGGAGGUGCCGAACUUGGGGGUAGAGGGGAUGGGGUUGAAGAGAGGGGGGUAAGAAGCCCCCGACACAGACGCCGUAAUGGCUGUAGCGAGCAUGCGGUGGAAAAGCUGGCUGGAAGGAAGCCGGAAUGACUUUGG